AUGGCGGUAUUUGAUGUUGACAAUAUGAUUAGUCGUUUAUUAAAUGUGGGUAUGGCUGGCGGGCGACUCACAACUCAGGUCGCUGAAGAAGAACUCCACAGAGUAUGCCAAAAAGCGAAAGAAGUAUUCAUAAGCCAAAGCAGCCUCAUUGAAGUUGAUCCACCUCUCGUCGUUUGUGGUGAUAUCCAUGGCCAAUAUUCGGAUCUGCUCCGUAUUUAUGAUAGACACGGAUUUCCACCGGAGUCUAAUUACCUCUUCUUGGGCGAUUUCGUCGAUCGUGGAAAACAGAACAUCGAAACGAUAUGUCUCCAAUUUUGUUAUAAAAUCAAAUAUCCUGAAAACUUCUUUAUGCUUAGAGGAAAUCACGAGACACCAGCUAUCAAUCGUGUGUACGGCUUUUUCGAAGAGUGCAAUCGCAGAUAUCAUUCGACGCGCUUGUGGAAUGCUUUCCAGGACACAUUCAACUGGAUGCCUCUCUGCGGCUAUAUUGGUGGACGGAUUCUGUGCAUGCAUGGUGGCUUGUCACCUCAUUUGAAUAAUUUGGAUCAGCUUCGCAAUUUACCACGACCAAUUGAUCCACCAAACCCAUCCAUGGAAAUCGAUCUGCUCUGGUCGGAUCCGGACCAAUGGGUGAAAGGCUGGCAGGCAAACACUCGUGGUGCAUCGUACACUUUCGGGCAAGAUGUUGUUGUGGACGUUUGCCAGAAAUUGGACUUAGAUCUGAUUGCACGAGCUCAUCAAGUAGUACAGGAUGGAUAUGAAUUCUUUGCCAAUCGGCGCCUUGUUACCAUUUUCUCAGCGCCACAUUACUGCGGACAAUUUGACAAUGCUGGUGGUACGAUGUCUAUUUCUGAAGACAUGAACUGCUCUUUUCAGGUGUUUCGACCUGCUGGUAAGGCUGUAAGGAUGGCAAUGAAAGCUGCUGGAACUCUUUGA